UUUGUCUCAAGCGUCGUCCAGAGGACGUCAAAGAGGUGAUAGUGUGGAGGAGGUACAGUGAACUGAAGAAGCUAUAUGGAGAGCUGUCCUACACACACAGAAACCUGUUCAGGAGACAGGAGGAGUUCCCUUCGUUCCCUGGCGCUCAGCUCUUUGGUAGGUUUGAUGAAGGGGUGAUCGAGGAGAGGAGGAGUGCAGCUGAGGUCAUGCUACUAUUCACCACCAAUAUCCCUGCUCUCUACAACAGCCCUCAGCUUAAGGACUUCUUUAGGGGUGGUGAAGUGAUCAGGCCGUUAGACCCCUCUCCUCUCUCCUCCUCCACCCCCCUCCCUCCCCCCCUCAUUCCCCUGCCACAGCGUCGAGGCUCAGACUGUGAACCUGCGGCGGAGGAGGAGGGGACCGAGGCCCCUAUCCAACCCCAGAAGCUGGGGCUUUCACUGGGCUUGGAUCUAGUCGAGCCUGAGGUUGCAGCUGAGGCCUACAGUGAGAUGGGGGGUUGUCCUACUACAGUAACACCUACAGCUGAGGAGGAAGAGGAAGAGUUAACGGACCUUCCUGAUGUACCCGGCGAUCUGAAGCUAGACGACAGAGUUCUCACUCCGUUCCGGCCCUGCGUCCUCAGAACAGACCAAUCACAGUCUCAGGAGGAGUUUGAUUCGCUGUUCGAUUCUGUGAUGCGGGAGGAGCCUUCAGAGGAAGUACCGCCCCCUCCUCUCUCCGACAACGACCUCGCCAUCUUCGACCCCUGUGCUAAAGAAGGUCAGAGGUUACGCACGCACACACACACACACACACACACACACACACACACACACACACACACACACACACA